GUAGCAUUUGUAUCUUAAUUUCACGUAAUAUUAUUUGUUAAAUAACGCCAUUAUAUAAAAGAACAUCUUACAAUGGCUGAUGAAAAUGAAUUAUUAGAUUAUGAAGAGGAAGAACAAGUCGUAGUAAGUCAAAACAAUACAACUGGACUUAUAGGUCCAGGAAAAGUUCCAAGUAAUGCCGCUAGUGCAAUUAAUGGUGAUAUAAAGAAAAAGGAUCUGAAAGGUACCUAUGUAUCCAUACAUAGUUCGAGUUUCAAAGAUUUCUUGCUUAAACCAGAGUUACUUAGGGCUAUACAAGAUUGUGGGUUUGAACAUCCAUCUGAAGUUCAACAUGAGUGUAUACCUCAGGCAAUUUUGGGUAUGGAUGUAAUUUGUCAGGCUAAAUCAGGUAUGGGCAAAACUGCUGUUUUUGUACUUGCCACAUUGCAACAAAUAGAACCCAUAGAUAAUCAAGUAUCAGUAUUGGUCAUGUGUCAUACUAGAGAACUUGCCUUUCAGAUAGGAAAAGAGUAUGAACGAUUUAGUAAGUACCUUCCUGGUGUUAGGGUGGCUGUCUUUUUUGGUGGUGUACCUGUUCAAACUGAUGAAACAACUUUAAAAAGUGCGUCAACAUCCCCUCAUAUAGUGGUUGGAACUCCUGGUAGAAUUUUGGCAUUGUGCAAAUCAAGAGCGUUAAACCUUAAGCAUACUAAGCAUUUUGUAUUGGAUGAAUGUGAUAAAAUGCUUGAGGAGUUAGACAUGCGAAAAGAUGUCCAAGAUAUUUUCCGCCAAACACCACAUUCUAAACAAGUGAUGAUGUUUAGUGCUACCCUAAGCAAGGACAUACGACCAAUCUGCAAAAAAUUUAUGCAAGAUCCUUUAGAAAUAUAUGUUGAUGAUGACUCCAAGCUGACACUUCAUGGAUUAAGGCAACAUUAUGUUAAAUUAAAGGAUAAUGAAAAAAAUCGAAAGCUUUUCGAACUUUUAGAUCUUUUGGAGUUUAACCAAGUUGUUAUAUUUGUCAAAUCCAUUCAACGAUGCAUGGCACUAGCAGAUCUUCUAGGUGAACAAAAUUUUCCUGCAAUUGCAAUUCAUAGAGCUAUGACCCAGCAAGAAAGAUUAUCUCGAUACAAACAAUUUAAAGAUUUUCAGAAAAGGAUACUAGUAGCCACAGAUUUAUUUGGCAGAGGGAUGGAUAUAGAAAGAGUCAACAUUGUUUUUAAUUAUGAUAUGCCAGAUAGUUCUGAUAUGUACCUUCAUAGGGUUGCUAGGGCUGGAAGAUUUGGUACUAAAGGCUUAUCUAUUACAUUUGUAUCUGAUCCUAAUGAUGCAAAAAUCCUUAAUCAAGUUCAAGAAAGAUUUGAUGUUAAUAUUACUGAACUCCCUGAUGAAAUAGACAUUUCUACAUAUAUUGAAGGAAGAUAGUAUAGAAUAAUUGAAUAAACAAAAUGUUAUUUUUAUAAAUCUGUAAAUAUUAUUUAGUUAUUAUCUUUCAUAUAUGUUCUAUAAAGUUUAUAUUAUAUGAUAUAUUUUUAAUAUUUAUACAAUAUCAGA